CGGAGAGGCCCGGCUUCCCGAUGCUCCCGCCCCUGCCGCCGCAGGCCGUCCUGUGUGCUUAGCGCCCCAAUCUGCCCGCAGAGGUGCCCGCGGGGGUGGGAGCGGCCUAGGCCCCACGGAGACAGAGCCGCAGCAGGAUGAGGCGGUGGCCGCGGGGAGGAGGAUGGGGGCUAAUCAGUUAGUGGUGCUCAACGUGUACGACAUGUACUGGAUGAACGAAUACACCUCAUCCAUUGGAAUUGGAGUUUUUCAUUCAGGAAUUGAAGUAUAUGGCAGAGAAUUUGCUUAUGGUGGCCAUCCUUACCCCUUUUCUGGAAUAUUUGAAAUUUCCCCUGGAAAUGCUUCUGAAUUGGGAGAAACAUUUAAAUUUAAAGAAGCUGUUGUUUUAGGGAGUACUGACUUCCUAGAAGAUGAUAUAGAAAAAAUUGUAGAAGAACUGGGAAAAGAAUACAAAGGCAAUGCCUAUCAUUUGAUGCAUAAAAACUGCAAACAUUUUUCUUCAGCUUUAUCAGAGAUUCUUUGUGGGAAAGAGAUUCCGCGCUGGAUCAAUCGCCUGGCCUACUUCAGUUCCUGCAUACCCUUUCUCCAGAGUUGCCUCCCGAAGGAGUGGCUCACUCCGGCAGCCCUGCAGUCCAGUGUCAACCAGGAGCUGCAGGAUGAACUGGAGGAAGCCGAGGAUGCAGCUGCGUCAGCCUCUAUGGGCAGUGCCGCUGCUGGCUCCCGGCCAGGCCGCCACACCAAACUGUAAACGUCUCCAAAGUCAGGGACUCAGAACUGUCACCGGCAAUUGACUAUCACGACAGAAAAGUUAAAAAAAAAAAAAAAAAAAGAAUAAACAUCCUUUGGAUAUUUUGUAUGCAAAGAUGGCUCUCCCCCAAAUCCCAGUUUUUCAGCUCAGGAUUAUAUUUGUAAUCAGAAAAACAAAAAACAAACAGAAAAAAAUCACUUGGCGCAGGAGGGAGAACUUUGUAUGAAGCUGCCCUCUGUUUUUUUUACCCACUUGUAAAUUUGGAUUUCCUUCUGUUUUCUACAAAUGGUUAAGUUAUGUUUACAGUAUUUUGUAUCGCUGUUUACAGAUUCUGCAUGGACUCCUGCCACCGUGAAAGAAGAAAACCUUCAUGUCUUCAAACAGUAGGCAGGUAAUCUUUGUACACGCUGACAAUUGCCAGAGCUAUGGCAGAACUAAGAAGUAGGCACACAGUUAAAGUCACCACCACCUGCUACAGAGUCAACCAGGUUUGAAUUGGGUUUGAUUUGGUUUCCGGUUUUGGCAUCAGGAUGCAGAGGGGAAGAGGCCUGUACUGAAUUCAGGGGGCUUGGGGCCUUGGUGUACAUGAGGCAGCCCACCUCUGGGCCUAGUUCCUCUAGCAGCUUUCAUCCUGGGUAGCACAUCCGCCAAGGCUCUCCUUGAAUGGUUGCUUUACCACUUAUCUGCCCCUCCCCCCCAUUGGGUGGUACCACCCCUAUGGCUCUCUGCCUUCAAAGCCUCUGAUCCUGUAAUCAAGAUGAGUUUCCUUAAAGACAUUUUUUGCUAGUAACUGACAA